GUUCGAGAAGAAAAGACGCAUCAGCAUCUCAGCGAAAAUGGAGAGCCAUCAAAUCUAUCGCCACAAAAAGUUCGACGUCAGUCGAAACAUAGAAAAAGUCGAGCUGGAACUGAAGGAGGAACUGAUCUCCAGGAGUGGAACUCCCUGCACCAGUCGAAGUGCCUUCGAUGAGGCCGAUAUGUCCAUCAAUCUGAGCUUCAGUGACCAGGAUCCCGAUUUUCCACCACUUCCGAAGCGCCGACGUCUGGGUUCCUCAUCUUCGAGCGUUUCCUACCACUCAGCCAGUCCAAUCAUCACCGAAGCCAUCCAAGACAUCUUCAAGUACCACGUCAAUAUGGUGAGGAAAUUCCCGAAGAAGGAGCGAUCGCCGAAGGAUCAGGAGCGCCGGAACAAGAACACGAUUGCCUGCAGGAUGAGUCGCCGGAAGAAGAAGUUCGAUGACCUCCAGAUCGAGCAGCAGUACAAGGAGUGUUCCAUGGAACACCUCAAGAUCGCCGAGCAGAGUCUGCGCGCCAAGGUCUAUCUGAAUCACCUGAAGCAGCUGGUGAAGCAGGAAGACCACCCGCAGGCCACUCCGAGGAGAAUCCCGGAGGAGAACGCCAAGAGGAACUUUAGCAUCGACUACCUGAUCGGCGGCAUUAAACAGGAGCAAGCCUGAGAAUCCAGCCUCCUGUGGAGAUUGUACUAUAUAGUUAUAUAGGUUAUAGUUCUAAUCAACGUUGUUAAGUUUCUUUAAGAAAUUGUUAUGCUAAGAUAUGCCAUUUAUAUUUAAGGGCCCUUUAAGGUUAAGCAGGUAC